AUGAUAUCAAUUAUACAGCAGUAUCAAUAUAUAAAGAAAAUUUUAGAAGAAUAUGCAAAUUUAUUCCAGAGACAGCUUAAAAAUAUUGAAAUAUAUGAUGAUAAUAAUGAUUCUAAUUUUUGUGGAAAAUAUAAAUUCUGCUUGAAAUUUAUUAGCCUAAAAGUCUGAACCCUUGGCAUGAUAAUUCACCUUUAUUUACAAAUUUCUCACAAUAUUUUUUUGUCCCCUGAAAGAACGAAUUUUAGAAAGCCUAUGAUAUUUAAUUGGGCUGAAGAAAAUAACGAAAAAAUACUGAGCUUGAGAGAAAAGCCUAUUCAGAGUCCAGGAGAACUAAGUUGUAAGGAAUGUGCCUCAUUACAGCUUGUAUUGGAAUAG